AUGAUGGAUGGAAUUGAUGACAGUCCUGAUCUCUUGGCGGAGGAUCAGGAUAAUAAAGUGCGGUCAGACACUGUUGACCUAACUGACACGUCUUUGCUGGUGGACAUAUCAGAUGCACUCAGUGAGCGAGAAAAGGUCAAGUUCACUGUCCACACGAAGACAACCUUGCAGCACUUCAAAAAUUCUGAAAUGUCGGUGGUUCGGCAACAUGAGGAAUUUAUUUGGCUUCACGAUCGUUUUGUAGAGAAUGAGGAAUAUGCUGGUAUUAUUAUUCCACCUGCCCCUCCCAAGCCAGAUUUUGAUGCAUCUAGAGAGAAGUUACAGAGACUUGGAGAAGGUGAAGGAACAAUGACUAAAGAAGAGUUUACCAAAAUGAAACAGGAACUGGAAGCGGAGUAUCUUGCCACCUUUAAGAAAACUGUGGCCAUGCAUGAGGUUUUUCUUCAAAGACUUGCUUCACACUCAGUGCUCAGGCAUGACGUCAACUUUGAAGUCUUCCUUGAAUACGCUGGUGAUUUGAGUGUUCGAGGAAAAAACAAAAAGGAGAAACUUGGUGGCUUUUUCAAGAGCAUAACAAAGUCAGCUGAUGAAGUUAUUAUUUCAGGCCAGAAGGAUGUUGAUGAAUUCUUUGAAUCAGAAAGGGUGUUCCUUGUUGAGUAUCAUAAUAAAAUAAAAGAUGCUACAGCAAAAGCUGACAGGAUGACCAAAGUGCACAAAAGUGUUGCAGAUUCUUAUAUUCAGAUUUCAACUGGCCUGGUACAGUUAGCUACCAUUGAAAACACAGAACUUGAUAGAGUUUUUAGCAGAGUUGCUGAAGCUCUAGAAAAGGCUAGGAAAUUGGAGGGAAGAGUUGCCACAGAUGAAGAUUUGAAAUUGAGUGAUACACUGAGGUACUACAUGAGGGACUCCGUGGCAGCCAAGGACUUGCUGUACAGAAGAAUGAGAUCACUCGUAGACUAUGAAAAUGCUAACAAGGCCUUAGAGAAAGCAAGAACCAAGAACAAGGAUGUUGCACUGGCUGAGAAAGCACAAGAACAAAGCUGCAAAAAGUUUGAAAAGAUUUCCGAAGUAGCGAAAAAAGAAAUUCUGGAAUUCAAGACUCGAAGGAUAGCAUACUUUAGGAAACAUUUAGUAGAACUUGUGGAGUUGGAAACUAAGCAUGCAAAAGCUCAAGUCCAGUUACUUCAGAACUGCAUCAAUGCCUUGCAAGCAAAAGAAGAAUGA